AUGGCUCUGCAACUGUGGGAAACACUGAAAGAGGCAAUCGUAGCAUACACAGGGCUCUCUCCUGCGACCUUCUUCACACUGUUAGCUCUGCUGGUUGCCAUAUACCAUGUCAUCUCGGGCCUCUUUGGGUCGUCUGAUAACCAUCAGACGCCCAGGAACAUGGAGGAGAUGCAGCCUCUGGCCCCUCCUGUCCAGUUGGGCGAGAUCACUGAAGACGAGUUGAAGCAAUACGACGGCACCGAUUCGACGAAGCCUUUGCUCAUGGCUAUCAAGGGUCAGAUCUAUGACGUGUCUCAAAGCAGGAUGUUUUAUGGACCUGGUGGGCCUUACGCACUGUUCGCAGGAAAAGAUGCUAGCAGAGCUCUUGCAAAAAUGUCUUUUGAAGACAAAGAUCUGACUGGUGAUAUCUCUGGUCUUGGUCCAUUUGAACUUGACGCCUUACAGGAUUGGGAAUACAAGUUCAUGAGCAAGUAUGUCACGGUUGGAACGAUUAAGAAGGCAGAAACUGAUGGAGAAGCCACUGGUGAAACCACUAAAGCCGCUGAAGAUAUUCCAUCUGAAAGCUCAGAUGUUAAAUCUGAGGAAACCUCAACUAGUGCUGAAGCUAAGCAAGAGUAA